AUGCAUGUAGAUCAUUCAGCAGCCUCUAUUUCUUUUGAGGGGGAAGCAGCAGCAGCACAAUCAGGUGUAUGUGGAGCCGCCCCACAAGCCGAUGAAGUGCAGCAGCUGCAGCAGCCGCAGCAGCAGCAGCAGCAUCAGCUGCUGCUGCUGCGGUCGCCGCUGCAAGGCCCACAGGGGCAGCAGCAGCAUGAGGUUCCCGAUGGUGCAGCAGUAGCAUCAGCAGCGGGAGCAGCAGCAACAGCAGCAGCAGCAGCAAGCGUUGCAGCUGCAACACCGCACAACGGCAACUGCGCCGCCUACUCCUUGCCAGCUGCAGCAGCUGCAGCAGCGAAAGUCACAGCAGCAGCAGCAGCAGCAGCAACAGCAGCAGCAAGGAGGGAGUGUGGGGAGGGGUUUGCAGGAGAACCGCUUCCUUCAGUUUGUUUGGGGGCGGCAGCUGCUGCCUCACCACCGUCGGGUGCAGCAGCAGCAGCAGCAGCAGCAGCACCCGCACCAACAGUCGAAGCGCCUGCAGCAGGAAUGCCUGCAGUACCAGCAGCAGGGACGCCUGUAGCAGCAGCAGCAGCAGGAACACCUGUAGCAGCAACAGCAGCAGCUGCUGCUGCUGACGAUCUGCAGCAGCGUCUUCUUCCUCCAAGAGUAGACAGCUCAGCCAAUGAAGCAGCAGAUUCUCUUGCUGCUGCAGCUGCUGCUCCUGCAGCUGCUGCUGCCUCCACAGCAACUGCAGCAGCAGAGGAGUUUGGUGCAACACCAGCAGCACCAGCAGCAACUCCAGUAGAAGCUGCAGCCGCAGCUACAGGUUCAUCGCUUGCUGCUGCUGCUGCAGCAGCAAUUCCGGUAGAAGCAACAGCCUCAAGCCAGGCAGCAAGUCAAGCAGUAGCAAGUACUGCUGCUGCUGCAUCAGAAAGCCCUGGGGCAGCAGCAGCAGCAGCAGCACCUGCAGAAGGUGCAAUAGCUCCAGCUGAAACACCUGCAGCAGCAGCUGCUGCUACACUGCCGCUGCCUCGCCGGCGCAGCAGAAGCAGCAGCAGCAGAAGCAGCAGGAGCAGCAGCAGGUGCCAGGCGAGCGCCAGCCCUGGGAGCAGCACAAAAAGCAGCAAGUUACAGCAGGCGCAACAGCAGCAGCAGCAGCAGCCUGAUGCAGACGGAGCAACUGCGUUGGUGGAGGGCCCAACUGCUGCUGUUGCGGUUGCUGCUACUCCUGCUGCUGCUGCGUCAGGCACAGCAGCAGCAGCAGCAGCAGAUAACGCAGCAGCAACAGCAGAUAACCCACCAGCAGAAGCUUCAGAAAACUCAACAGCAGCGGAAGACGCAUUACCGGCAGCAGCAGAUGGUGCAGCAGCAGCAGCAGAUAGUGCAGCAGCCGUAGCAGCACCAGCAGAGACUCCAACAGCAGCAGCAGCAACAGAUAACACUGCAACAGCGGCAGCAGAUAGCGCACAACCAGCAGCGGCAGAUGACGUACAAGCAGCAGAUAACGCAGCAGCAACAGACAACGCGGCAGCAGCAGCACCAAGUUUGGACGUCACCUGUGUGAAUGCUGCAAGUUCUGCUGCACCAGCUGCGGCAGCAGCAGCAGGAGAAACAGCAGCAGCAGGAACGGAAGCAGCGGCAGCAGCUGCGGAUGCGAAGGACAGCACUGCAUGUUCUGUUGGGGACUGCAGCAGCAGCAGCAGGAGCAGCAGCAGCAGCAGCAGCAGCGCAAGCGACUGCAACGCAAGCGACCGGCAGCGGCACACAGGGGGUAGUCUCAUCUCUUUGGCGCAGCAGCAGCAGCAGCAGCAGCUGGAGCAACAGCAACAGCAGCAGCAAGAGCAACAGCAGUCCGAGCUGCAGCAGCCGCCGCAGCAACCGCAGCAGUCACUGGCGCCGCAGCAGCAGCAGCUGCAGCAACAGGAGCAGGAGCAGCAGCAGCAGCAGCAGCAGCAGAAGCCAUUCCGCAUCAGCAGCACACAACAGCAGCUGCGCGCUAUCCUCCUAUCGUCGUUAGCAGAGCGACAGCAGAUGCAGCAGCAGCAGCAGCAGCAGCACAGUAAGAGAGGGCAGAGAUGGCAAGAACAAAACGGGAAGCAGCAGCAGCAACAGCAACAGCAGCAGCAGCAGCAGCAGCAGCAGCUACUGCUGCUGCAGCAGCACGGGUCCCUGCGUUCUCCCCGCGGCCGCUGCAGCAGCACUGAGAGCAGCCACUGCGCCGAUAUCCCACAGCAGCAGCAGCAGCAGCAGCAGCUACAGCAGCACCAGCAGCUGCAACAACACCAGCAGCUGCAACAGCAUCAGCACCAUCAGCAUCAUCAGCAGCAGCAGCUACAGCAUCAGCAACAGCUACAGCAGCAGCAGCCGCUACAGCAGCCGCAGCAUCAGCAGCAUCAGCAGCAUCAGCAGCAACAACAGCAGCAGCAGCAGCGAGGACGUGGCUCUGUGCAGCAGCUUCGACAACCGCAGCAGCAGGUGCUGCUGCCCCCCGCUGCUGCUGCAGCAGCAGCUGCAGCAGCUGCUGCUGCCGCUGCUGCAGCAGAACACCCUGCAGCACUUGGGGGAGUUCUUCGGGGUUCGCCUGAGGCGUCUAUCCAGCUGUAUCAGCAGCAGCAGCAGCUGAUGCAGCAGCAGCAGAUGCAGCAGCAUAUGCAGCAGCAGCUGCAGCAGCAGCUGCAGCAACAGCAGUUGCAGCAACAGCAGUUGCAGCAGUUCCAACGCCAGAUGCAGCUGAAGCAGCUGCCGCAGCUGGAUGUGCAACAGCAGCACCAUCCGCAGCAGCAGUUCUUGCUGCAGCACCACAUGCAGCAGGAGCAAGGACUCGCAACCGGAAGCAGCAACAGCAGCAGCAGCAACAGCAGCAGCAGCAUUGGCAGCAGUAGCAGCAGCGGCGUCCCCGCGCUCGUUUGCUCAUUACCUGAGGGUGCAGUUGGCGCCUCAGCAGCAGCUGAAGCAGCAGCAGCAGCUGCUGCUGCAGCAGCAGCAGCCUCGGGGCAGCAUCUGCAUGCGCCUCCCCCACAGCAGCAGGAAGACCGGUCUGUGGGUGUUGCUGCUUCUGGGGUUGGAGGGUGUGAAGCAGCAGCAGCAGGAGCAGCAGCAGCGACAGGAGCAGCAGGAGCAGCAGGAGUAACAACAGCAGCAGCAGCAGCGGCAGCAGCAGCAGCAGCAGCAGGAGCAGCAGGUGCAGGAGGAGGGGGUGGUGGUGUUGUGGUGCCUUCAAGCAGCAGCGGGCAGAUAAGCCGUUUGCUGCUGCUAUCGGAGCAUUUGCUGCAGCAGCUGCUGCAGCAAGUAACCCCUACAGCAGCAUCCCGACAAGAGAAACGCAUGCUUUAUAACACCCUUGCUCAUUUCGUCUCAUAUGUUUUAGGCGGAGGGGCUUCUCUUCAUUUAGCUGGCAGCACAGCAUAUGAUGUUGAUGCAGCAGGGAGCGACCUGGACGUUGUGCUGCUGACACGAGGGUUUGCUGCUGAUGCUGUGGGGGUGCUGCAGCACCUACGCAGCACAAUUGAAGAUGUACAGAAACAACUCUUAGCAGCAGCAGCAGCAACAGCAGCAGCAACAGACUCUCCUAAUCCUCCCCCUCACCACCCACACCAUCAGCAGCACCAGCAGCACCAACAGCACCAGCAGCACCAGCAGCAGCAGCAGCAGCAGCAGCAGCAGCAGCGGAGUGAAUGGCCGCUGCUGCUGGCUCGUGUGCAGCUAGUAGAGAGUGCUAGGGUGCCUAUAUUAACUCUGCGUACACCCGGCGGAUCAGUCGUCUGCGAUGUAUCUGUAAACACAAGCAACAGCGUCUGGCACAGUGAAUUCUUUGGCCUGCUGCUGCAGCAGCAGCCGCACCUCAGGCCUCUGAUGCGUUUGCUGAAGGUGUGGGCACGCAAUCGUCGCCUCCCUACAAUGAAGGAAGGGGGUCUGCCUUCGAUUGUCUGGAUGAUCCUUGUUGCAUUUCUUUGCAGGGCUUCAGCAGCAAACACCAGCAGCAACAGCAACAGCAGCAGCAGCAGCAGCAGCAGCAGCGGUGGCGCCAGCAGCGCGACCACCACCACCAGCAACGGCAACAACAACGCAGCAAAUGCUGGAGGUGCAAGCGGUAGAAAUGUGCUGCAGCAACAACACAAUCAACAUCCACAUACUAACGCUGCUGCAGGCUUCAAGGGAGACGCAGCGGCAGCUGCUGCUGCAGCAACGACAGCACUGGCGACUCCAUCUCCAGCGCCAGCAACGGCAACAGCAGCAGCCGCAGCGGCAGCAGCGGCAGCAGCAGCAGACGGCCCAAAGACGCUGCUGACGCAGCUGCUAGGGAUACCAGAGCCUGCGCUUGCUGCGCUGCACCCGCUGCUGCUGUCUUUGCUGCGGUUUUUUAGGGCGCUGCGCUCGCGAGCAGGCUUAAGCCAAACCCUUUUCAUUGUUGCUAGUCCUGCUGCUGCAUCUGCUGCUGCUGCAUCUGCUGCUGCUGCUGCUGCUGGCGGCGGCGUGGGUGCUGCAGCAGACUCACCACCGGCAGCAGGCGCAGCAGCGGGAGACACAACAGGAGCAGCAGGAGGGGGUGUUCCGGGUUCCGGUGGUGCUGCUGCUUCUGCUGCUGCUGCUGCGCUGCUGCAGCAGCAACUCGUUUCAGGGGCCCCCAAGAACAUGCAGGAGACAGCAGCAAAAAUACUCUCCGCCUACGGGCACGGCGGUGUCUGGGAGUCUCUCUUAUCUGUUUUUGAUUCCCCGCGUGCUUCUACUUUUGCUGCUGCUGGGAACACGCAGGCAACGGCAGCCGCCGAAUCCGCCAAGGCAUUCCUACAAAGACAGCAGCAGCAGCAGCUGCAGCUGUCAGGAAGAGCAGCAGGGAGUGGUGCGCUACAGGAGCUGUUGCUUCCUGCUGACGCUGCAGCAGGUGCAGCAGCAGCAGCUGGAGCAGCAGGUGCAGCAGCAGCGGGGGGAGUCGGAUCUGGUGGCAGUCCUCCAGCUGUUGCUGCAGCUUUGCAAGCAUACGGGUGUCCUCCGGGUGUAUCUCCAGCAGCAGCAGCAGCAGCAGCAGCAGCAGCAGCAGGUGUUGCUGGAGGGGACCCCACAAUAGAUAUGGCUGCGCGUGUCAGCAGCGGCACCUGGCUUGUUUAUCGUUACGAAUUAUGCCGCAGCAACUAUUUAUUAGACAGCUAUAUUAAAGCUUUGUUUCGCUUCUCUUUGCUGCAGCAGCUGUUUCAUUCUCACAGUGUGAGUCAGCAGCUGCAGCUGCGGCUGCAGCAGCAGCUGCUGCUGCUGCAGGAAAGACGCACCCGCAGCAGCACUCCAGCGGGCAUGCCUCAGCAACAGGUCCCAUCAGCAGCAGCAGCAGCAGCUGCUGCUGCUGCCGCUGCUGCUGCUGCCAGCAAACUCCCUGCACUCCCUAUGGCGCCCCAGGAGCUGCAGCAAGAACUUCACAGCAUCCGAAGAGAUUUGCUGCUUGGAGUUGCUGCUAUAUUCGAAGAGAUACAGGAUGAUCGCUAUUUGCUGCCUGUGCUGCAGCAGCCGCCGCAGCCGCCAGUACCGCAGCAGCAGCUGCUGCAGAUGCAGAUGCAGCAGCAGCAGCAGCAGCAACAGCAGCAACAGCAGCAACGGGAGGGACCGGCCUCGCCGCCGUCUGCUUGGGGGGCUUCGUCCUAUAGCGACAGCAGUAGCAGCAGCAGCAGCAGUUGCAGCAGCAGCGGCUCAACCGAAACAGGAAGCGGAGGCACGACCGCAGCAGCAGCAGCAGCAGCAGCAGCAGCAGCAGCAGCAGCAGCAGCAGCAGCAGCAGCAGCAGGAGCUUUGGAUGCGUCUGCUGCUGCAACAGGUUCAUACGGCGGCUGUCGGAGCGGCGAAGCCUGCUCUUCUUCUGAAGGAGCAGAAGCAAAGGAAGGAGCAGCAGCAGCAGCAGGAGCAGAAGCAGCAGCCUCAAGCGGAUCAUCAGCAUCACAAUGCGUGAGCGGAGCAGCAGCAGCAGCAACAGCAGCAGGAGGAGCAGCAGCAGCAGCAGCAGGAGGAAGCGUUGCAUUAGAGUUAGAGUAUGUAUCACCAGUAGGCAAGGAAGGCAGCACUUUUCUUGUUGCUGCACUUGAAGGGCAUUUGCUGCUGCUGCGCUCGCACCGCUGCUGCCAGGAAGGCGGCUGGUGGUCGACCGAAUUUCUGUCAAGAAGAGAUGUUAGAACUACAGUACACGGAGAUUUGUUUUUGCUGCUGCCGCUGCAGACGAUACGCCGAGCCUUGCAGUCUCCCUGCUGCUGCAGCAGCAGCAGCGGUAGCAGCGGUAGCAGCGGUAGCAGCGGCGGUAGCAGCUGCUGCUGCGGAACCGGCAGUGAAGGGUGCAGCAACUGCAGCAGCAGCAGCAGCAGCAGCAGCACAUGCAAUGCUGCACCAGAAACACACGAUCUGCAGCAAUCUCCAGAUGUCAUUCACCAGCAACAAAUGCAGCAGCAGCAACAAAUGCAGCAGCAGCAACAAAUGCAGCAGCAAUGUUGUCGGUGUUCUUGUGCUGCGCAUGCACAGCUGGCGCAGGUAUAUGAGGAGCAGGAAGCAGAACUUACCAGCAGCCGCUGCAGCGCAGCAGCAGCAGCAGCAGCAGAUGAUAACUGCAGCCAGCUGUUUGACUGCAGCAAAAGAGGAGCAGCCUUGCUGCUUCCAGUUGUGCUGCGAGACAAAACAAAUGUUUUAUUUUGCCCGUGUAAUUUUGUUACAAGAUUAGCGGUGCUGCGGCCGCAGCAGCAGCUGCAGCAGCAGCUGCACCUGCUGCACCAGCAGCUGCUGCAGCCGCUGCUGCACCUGCUGCCAGCUUCUCUUGCUGCUGAGUGGAGCAGAGACUGCAUCAACGGCGGCCCCUUCUUGCUGUCUUCUACAGAGUAUGCUCGGCUGCGUACACUUCAGCGCAUUGCUGCUACAGCGCCUUGGUGGUAUGCAAGAGCGCAGCAGCUGUAUGAGCAGCAGCAGCAGCAGCAGCUGCUGCAGCAGCAACAGCAGCAGCAGAUGCUCCUGCAGCAGCAACUCAAGCUUCAGCAGCAACUCCAACAUCUACCCGCCACCCACAUGCACCCGCAGCAGCAGCAACAGCCACAGCAGCAGCCGCAGCAACAGCAACAACAACAGCAGCAGCAGCAGCAGUACCUGCAGCAAAGGGUGCCUCUGCAGCCCCUCGUCAAGCGGUGCAGAUACUGCAACUAUAAUGGGUUAUCUGCUGCUGCUGAUCUUGUGAGGAGCAUUGAACAGACGGUGUAUGCUGCGCUGCAUCGCUGCUGCUGCUGCAGCAACAGCCCUUUCCCUCCUGCGCCCGUACCCGUGGAUCCUGCUGCUGCUGCUAUUGCUGCUGCUGCUGCAGCCAGCAGCAAUCUCAGACAGCCGCUAGAUGCGGAGCAGAGACAGAAGGCCCUUGCUGCUGUUACUGCUUUGAUUGCUGCUGAGGAAAGGUGUGAAGCAGCGUUUGCUGCUGCUGCUGCUGCAGCGCAGAGCAGCAGCUGUAUGGGUAUGCUGCUGCAGCAGCAACACCUGGCAGCGCAGCAGCAGCAACAGCUCCUGGUGCAGCAGCAGGCAGCAGCAGCUGCUGCAGCAAGACUGCAUGCAUCGGGCCUGUCCCGUGCUGCAGCUACACCCCAAAGUGUUUUAUCUGUUCUUAACUCUUUUGCUGCGCAGCACCAGCUGUCUUCUCUGUCUCCGCAGCAGCUGCUGGUGCCUCCCUUCAUGCAGCAGGUGCAGCAGAUGCAGCAGCAGCUGCUGCAGAUGCAGCAGCGCCUCAUAGGCAUGCCGCAGCAACCCCGCCUGCAGCAGCAGCAGCAGCAGCACACGCAGCAGCAGCACAUCCUCAUGCAGCAGCACCAGCAGCAACAAAGAUUCCCCCAGCAGCUCCCACCAUACACGCAGCCGCCGCCGCCGCAGCAGCAACAGCAGCUGCAGCAGCAGCCGCAGCAGCAGCAGCUGAAGCCAAGGCAGCACCAGCAAGAUCAGCCACACAGGACUGAUCAGGAGCAGCAGCAGCAGCAGCAGCAGCAGCCGCAGCAGCAGCAGCAACAGGUAAUGCUGCAAUUGCAGCACUACCACCAGCCUCAGCAUCAACAGCAGCAAGGGCAGCAGCAGCAGCAACUCUACCGACCGCCUCGCUCCAUAGACAGCAACAGCAGCAGUAACAGCAGCAGCAGCUACAACGGCAGCAGCAACAACAGCAGAUUCGAAGAGAGCAGCGCCAUAUGCGGCAGCAGCAGCAGCAGCCGAGCUGCAUGCAUAGGGAGCACCCCAGCUGCACUAGGCCUGCAGCAGCAGCAGCAACAGCAGCAGCAGCAGCAGCACAAGCAGCAGCAGCAGGUGCUGCUGCAGGGAGACGAAGACUUCAUCUCCAUCGAUCCGCCCGUUACAGAGAGACGCAGCAGCCUCUACAGCUACAGCAGAAACAGCAGCAACAGAAGCAGCAACAGAAGUAGCAACAGCAGCAGCAACAGCAGCAACAGCAACUUAGCGGGGCACGCAAACAGCCGGAGCAGGCCUCAGCGUGGCCAGCAGCAGCAGCAGCAGCAGCAGCCGCAGCCGCAGCAGCAACAGCAGCAACAGCAGCAGGCGCCAUCACGCCGCUGGUGUGACAGCGUGGAGGAGAUGUCUGAUGGUGGUUACUAUGCCCCGCAGCAACAGCAGCAACAGCAGCAAGAGCAACAGCAGCAGCAGCAACAGCAGCGGCAGCAGGAACAUCAGGAGGUUCCUGCUCCUCCUGCCGGCGCUGCUGCUGCUACGGCUGAUGCUGCUGCUGCAGCAGAUUCCUCCGUGCAAAGCAGCAUCAACGGCAGCAACAGCACCGGAAGCUGCAGCAGCCGCAGCAGCAAAAGAAGCAGCUUUGCUGCUCCAGCAGCAGCAGGCAGCAGUUGCUCAAGCGACGCCUCAGUGCCGCCGCACGCCUCAACCGCUGCAGCUGCUGCUCCUGCUACUUCUACGCCUGCUGCAGACGGCGAGCCGGCUGCAGCAGCAGAGGCAGCAGCAGCAACAGCAGCAGCAGCAGCAGCAGCAAGGAGGAGACAGCCUAGAGACCGCAUUCCCUUAAAGCAUAGAGCAGAGAAGCAGCUGUAUGUGCCUGGGGCGUUGCGCCGCCAGCGGCAGGAGCUGCUGCAGGGUCCAGCUGCUGCUGCUGCUGCUGCUGCUGGAGGGGAAGCAGCAUCAACUGCUUCUGCUGCUGCUGCAAGCAGCACCAGCAGCACAAGUAAUGGCAGCAGCAACACUGCAGGGCCUCUGUUUGCUGCCUCCGCUCCUGCAGCUGCUGCGCCUACUAAUGAAGAAGUCAGAGAAGCUGCUGCUGCACAACGAGCAGCAGCAGCAGCAGCAGCAGCAGCAACGCUUAAGAAGGAAGAAGCCCGCACCAGCAGUAGUAGCAGCAGCACCAACAGCAGCAGGGACCGAGACAUGCUGCAGCAACGACAGUGGCUUGUGGAGCAGGUCCAGUGGCGUGCUUUCAGUCGUAGCACUGCUGCUGCUGCUGCAGCAGCAGCAUCACCAGCAGCAACGACAGCUGCAGCAGGAACAGCAGCAGAGUCGCCUGCGCCAUCGCCAGCAGCAGCACCACCAGCUUCUGCUGCUCCUUCGGACUCGGGAGGUGUGUCUCCAAGACCAGAGCAUACAGCAGCAGCAGCAACAGCAGCAGCAACACCAUCUGCUGCUGCUGCUGUUGCUGCAGAUACAGCGGGAUGUAAGAGAGACACCUCGAAGGGAGAACGCACUAACACCAGUGUCCAAGGCAGCAGCAGCAGCAGCAGCAGCAGCAGCAAUGGUAACCAGACGCGUAGCAGCCAUUCUGCCGUAGGUGCUGCUCCUGAUGCAGCAGCAGCAGCAGCAGCAGCAGCAGCAGCGCCAACAGCUGCAGCAGGGCAGACUAUGACACGCCUCCUGCUGAACCCAAGCGAAGAAGGCAGCAGGUGGAGUUGCAGCAGCCCAUACAGCAACAGCAACAACAGCAACGGGCGCAGCAGCAGCAGCAGCAGCAGAAGCGGCAGCAGCAGGCCCUCCAGAAACAGCACUUCCCGUCUAAGCAGCAGCAGCAGCAGCAGCGCGAAUAAAGGUCAAAUGAGGCUGCUGCAUGUUGCACUGAACGGCAUGCGUCGCUGCGACAGAAGCAAGCCUAGCCCCACACAGCUGCAGCAGCAGCAGCAACAGCAGCAGCAACAGCUGCAGCAGCAGCUGCAGCAGCAGGGGCGAGCCCUCCCCCUCCACCCCGAGUCUGAGGCCUCUCCUAAAGAGUCAGAGGUUUAG